AUGUCACACAGAGCGUCCAUGGAAAGGAUCCUGGCGCAGCGCCAGAAGCAGAUAGACCUGGCCAAGACGAGUCGAGGUUACCAGAAUUACUCUAAGCAUGUGCGGAAAUCGGAUCGCAAUCUCAAAGACCCGUUGCACCCGUCGACCCCUCGAGUGGACGGCACGGACUCUAAAAGAGCAUUCGAGGGGUAA